AUGGCAAUCGAAGGUGGACGUUCGGGAAUAAACGGAUGCUUCUUUUUGCGAAAAUACUGGCAAGUAAUUCUACUAUUGGCGAGCCUUUGUGGUGGUAUUGACGCACAGAUUCGUUACUCUAUUCCAGAGGAGAUGAGGGUUGGGUCGCUUAUUGGAAAUGUGGCCCAGGAUCUGGGUCUUGAUUUAAAAAGGCUUCGGUCGGGCCGUGCCCGUAUCGUCAGCGGAGAGAGCGUGCAGUACACAGAGCUGAAAACAGACAAAGGGAUUCUUGUUGUUCGCGAGAGGAUAGACCGUGAGCUGCUUUGUGGUGACGUCACCCCUUGCAGCUUCAGUUUUGAGAUCAUUCUAGAAAAUCCAAUGGAAUUACAUCAGAUUACAGUAGAGAUAUUGGAUAUUAACGAUAAUUCACCUGUAUUCAGGAAAACGGAAAUACAUUUUGAGAUAAGUGAAACGGCUACCCAUGGCUCUCGCUUUGUGUUAGGCAGCGCAGAUGAUCCGGAUGUCGGCGUCAACACACUGCAGAAUUAUAUUCUCUCUCCAAAUGCCCACUUUGUUUUAAAACAGCAGUCGAAUCCAGAUGGAACUAAAUAUGCAGAAAUGGUUCUCCAAAAAGCUUUAGAUCGCGAAGAGAGUCCACGGCUUGCUCUAAAGCUUAUAGCAGUGGAUGGCGGAGAUCCACAAAAAUCAGGCACGGUGAAUAUUGAUGUCACCGUGUUAGAUGCUAACGACAAUGUCCCAGUGUUUAACCAGACCGUGUAUAAAUCGACUGUAAUGGAAAAUGCUGUGAAAGGUACUUAUGUGACAACAGUUAAUGCAACGGAUGCUGAUACCAAUGCGCAUGGCUCGAUACAAUACUUAUUUAGUGAUCUCAAGGAGGAUUUAAAAAACAUUUUUGCCAUAGACGAGUCCACGGGUACCAUUUCUGUAGUCGGGGCUAUCGACUACGAACAAAACAAACGUUAUGAAAUACGGGUCGAGGCAAAAGACCAAGGCGGACUCACUGGCACAAGUAAGGUUAUUAUAGAAGUCAUCGACGUUAAUGAUAAUGCGCCGGUUAUGAAUGUUUUAUCUUUUUCAAGCCCCGUGUCUGAAGAUGCUCACAUAGGUACGACCAUAGCUAUAAUAAACGUCAAAGAUGCAGAUUCCGGUAAAAAUGGCCAAGUUACUUGCUCUAUAGACAAGGGCCUUCCUUUUGAUAUCAAAUCGUCCCUCGCAAACUAUUAUACUGUCGUCACAGAUGCCUUAUUUGACCGUGAAUUGUUGUCUGAGUACAAUAUCACCAUAACUGCAGUCGACUCCGGAUCACCCCCACUCUCCACUGUAAAGACACUGCGUCUUACAAUCUCUGACGUCAAUGACAACCCACCCAUUUUCGAGCAGAAGAUGUAUUCGGUAUAUAUCAUGGAAAAUAAUUCUCCGGGCUUGUCUAUUUUCACAGUGAGGGCUAAGGAUGUAGAUGCCAACCAGAAUGCCAGAAUUUCAUAUUACCUGGAUGAAAAGCAGAGCGACGGCACCCCCGUGUCUUCGUAUUUGUCUAUAAAUUCAGAAACGGGGGUCUUGCAUGCCGUGCGCUCUUUCGACUUUGAGCAAAUCAAGCAGCUGAGUUUCACUAUGAAAGCACAGGACGGUGGCUCGCCCCCGCUUAGCAGCAACGCCACCCUGCACGUCAUUAUUCAGGAUCAAAAUGACAAUGUGCCUCAGAUACUGUACCCAAUACAGACUAGUGCAUCUCUCGUGGCUGAAAUAGUGCCCCGUUCAGCUGAUAUAGGCUAUCUAGUCACUAAAGUGGUGGCUGUAGAUGUGGACUCUGGGCAGAAUGCCUGGCUGUCCUAUAAGCUACAGAAAACCCAGGAGAGGGCUCUGUUUGAAGUGGGUGCACAAAAUGGAGAGAUUAGAACUAUUCGCCAAAUCACUGAUAAAGAUUCUGUGAAACAGAAACUCACUGUUUUAGUUGAGGACAACGGACAGCCCUCUCGCUCUGCCACUGUUAAUGUCAACGUGGCUUUAGCCGACAGUUUCCCUGAAGUGUUGUCAGAGUUCUCAGAUAAGACGCAGGACAAAGAAUACAAUGACAAUCUUACUUUUUAUCUAGUCUUAGCUUUAGCCGUCGUGUCUUUCCUUUUUAUCGUGUCCAUCAUAGCCAUACUGUCGGUGAAGUGCUACAGAUGGAGACGUGAGCGGAUGUUUUACAAAUCAAAUGGACAGCUCCCGGUUAUUCCAUAUUACCCGCCACUUUACGCAGACGUCGGAGGCACGGGCACUUUGCAGCACGUGUAUAAUUAUGAAGUCUGUAGAACGAUGGACUCCAGGAAAAGUGAUCUGAAAUACGCCAGACCUGAUAGCGAAAGUAUCAUCAGUCUGGACACGUGUGGAAAAGACACUCUCCCACACCCCAACAGAGACAGACUGACCAUGGACGAUGCAAUUCAUCAGGUGAGCGCAUUUCCCCUUAUUGCCAACACUUUCUUUGAAGAUUGUACUCAUAAGACUUAA